CUCUAUUCCUCUGUUGUCUAUUUUCAGAUUUCCUAACCUCAAAAAUAAUUAUUGCCUCUGUAAUAAAUCGUAUCGAACAAAAAUAACCAACAAAUUUCUGAUUAAUAGCUAAUAAACAAUGUUUAGCCAAAUGAGUUGCCCAGAUUUUUUAGAAUUUCAAGAUAUCCUGAAAAAAAUGCGUGUUAUGGAUGAUAAAAUACUGUACGCCCUAAAUACUUCCAUACCAACAGAAUCAUUUGCAAGUAAAGUUGAUGCUCAUUCGGCUUGUGAAGACCUAUACUCCCAAAUCCAAAAAGGUCAUUCUGACAGGGAGAACGUUAUCAAAAAUUGUAUCUUAGCUACUGCGGAAACUGUUAAACAUUUGAAAACAGCAAAAGAUAAAAAACCUGAUGAUUAUGAAGUAUUGAAAAAUUUAAAAGCUGAACAGAAAAAGUUGAGACUUUUGCAAACAGAGCUGAGUGUAGAGGAAGUUAUCAAAGAAAAGACUACAAAGUUAUUUACAGAGAAAUGUAGAAGUUAUUACAAACCCAACAACUUAUGAAGACUGACAUGCAUUUUACCUGACCUUGUUUUGGAAUUUCUAGUGUAUAUAAUUAUAUAAAUAGAAUAUAGACUGUUA